GGAGCCGGAGGAGCAGCGAAAGCAUCUGGGGUUGCAGACAUGGAGAUGGAGAGGCGGCCACGGCAGGAGCAGCAGCAGCAGCAACGGCGGAGGAGCGGCAGUGCUAGCAGGAGGCAACGGUAUCCAGAGGAAGCCAAGCCGGCCCAUCUGCCCUCUCCAGGGGAAGCUACAGACCAGCCUGGAGGAAGUCUCCCCAAGGUGGAGCCAGGCAACCCAAAACUCACAAAGCACCAAGUGUCUCCAUCACCCUCAGGGCAGAGCGCAGCUCCCACCUCCUCAGGGCUGAGCCCAGCUCCACCAUCCUUGGAGCAACAGCCAUCAGUGUCCUCCAUGAGCCAGAGAGUGCCUCUGACAUCCUGGCCGCCUGGCCCGGCUCCAUCGUCCGUAGAACCGCGCCCUUUGCCGUCCUCGAUGGGGAGCGGACUGAAGCGGGACCCUGUUCUGCCAUCCUCAAGGCUGAUUCCGGUGCCACCGUCUUGUGAGCAGCACCCGCCCUCUGUGGAGCAGGGACAGGUUCCGUCAUCCUCGUCUCCGUUGUCCCCGGAGAUGGUUUCGGCUCCGUGCUCAAUGGGCUGGACACCCAUUGUUCCCUGGGACUCCGGAAGCUCCAGGUUGCCCUCUACCCCAAGCCCGAUAGCCUGUGAGGGGCUCACCCCACUCCCAGCCCCAGUCCAGGCCCGGUGCCCCCCAUCUCCAUCCACAGCUGUUCCCCAGAGGCCGGCCCAGACGACCCCUGAGCCUCCUCUCUCUCUCUCCUUCCGGGCACGACCCGAAUGCUCUCGGAGCACUGGCCUCGAGGAUCCGCUCCUGCCUCGACCCCCUCAGCCUUUGCCCCUGGACUCAGGGAGGGGCCACCCAGAGGGGAGUGGUCAUCCCCCUGGGGCCGGGCCCCCGGUCCUACUGUCCCCUGUGACCUUCAAGCCAACGGGCCCCUCUGCUGCCAUCACUGUGCCCCCUCCACCGAAGCCCACCCACUCCCCCAGCCGCUCGCCUGGCGGCUCCCCUUCCCCCAGCGGCAGCGCUGGCCUAGCAACAGCCCCCAGGCCCUUUGAGCAACCGCGGCCCUCGCCCUCGAUUUCCGCUUCUCCCACUUCUAGCCCUGACGGGGCUGCUCCUAGGGGAUGGAUCAGCCCAUCACUGCACUCCCUGGACCUCCCGGUCCCCUUCGACAGCCCCCACUCUGAGCCCCUGUGGUCGGCCCAUUCCACCUGCAAAGGAGACCCCGGCUUCCGGAUCUCUGUGGUGACAUGGAAUGUGGGCACAGCCAUGCCACCCGACGAUGUCACCUCCCUCCUGCACCUGAACACGGAUGACAGCAGCACCACGGACAUGAUCGCCAUUGGGCUUCAGGAGGUGAACUCGAUGAUCAACAAGCGCCUGAAAGAUGCCCUCUUCACCGACCAGUGGAGUGAGCUCUUCAUGGAAGUUCUGGCUCCCUUCAACUUCGUACUGGUGAGCACCGUCCGGAUGCAGGGAGUGAUUUUAUUGGUGUUUGCCAAGUACUAUCAUCUCCCCUUCCUGCAGGACGUGCAGACCGACUGCACCCGCACAGGACUGGGCGGUUACUGGGGUAACAAGGGUGGGGUGAGUGUCCGCCUCUCCAUCUUCGGCCAUAUGGUCUGCUUCCUCAACUGCCACCUGCCUGCCCACAUGGACAAGGCUGAGCAGCGCAAGGACAAUUUCAUGACCAUCCUCAACAUGCAGCAGUUUGAGGGCCCCACGGCCCAUGGCAUCCUGGACCAUGACAUCGUCUUCUGGUUUGGAGACCUCAACUUCCGCAUCGAGAGUUACGAUCUGCACUUUGUCAAGUUUGCCAUUGACAACAACAAAUUGCAUCAACUCUGGGAGAAGGACCAGCUCAACAUGGCCAAGAGCUCCUGGCCCAUCCUGAAGGGUUUCCAGGAGGGGCCCCUCACCUUCGCUCCCACCUUCAAGUUUGAUGUGGGCACCAACAAGUAUGACACCAGCGCCAAGAAGCGGAAGCCAGCCUGGACUGACCGCAUCCUGUGGAAGAUCAAAACCCCGGGUGGGGGGCCGAGCCCGUCGGGAAGGGAGAGGCAGCGGCUGCAGGUGACCCAGCACAGCUACUGCAGCCACAUGGAGUUCACCGUCAGCGACCACAAGCCCGUGGCUGCCCUCUUUGCCUUGCAGUUUGCCUACCGGGACGACGUGCCCCUGGUGAGGAUCCAAGUGGCCGAUGAGUGGCUGAGGCCGGAGCAGGCCGUGGUGCGCUACCGCAUGGAGAACAUCUUCCUCCGCAGCUCCUGGGACUGGAUCGGCCUGUACCGGGUGGGCUUCCGGCACUGCAAGGACUACGUGGCCUAUGUGUGGGCCAAGCACGAGGAUGUGGACGGCAACUCAUACCAGGUGACCUUCAGUGAGGAGUCUCUGCCCAAGGGCCGGGGCGAGUUCAUCCUGGGCUACUACAGCCACAGCCACAACAUCCUCAUUGGCGUGACAGACCCCUUCCAGAUCUCCCUGCCCGCCUCAGAGGAGGGCAGCAGCCCCACGGACAGCUCUCGCACCAGCUCGGAUGGGGAGGACAACAGCACCAUGGAGCUCCUGGGCCCCAAGUCCCGCAGCCCCAGCCCCGGCAAGAUGAAGAGGCAGCGGAGCCGCAGUCCGGGGCUCGCCAAGUUCCCCGGCCUCAUCCUCCGGGCCUCCUCCCGGGAGCGGGGAGCCAGCCGUAGCCCCUCCCCACAGGGCCGCACAGGCCCUCUCAGGCCAGCCCGGGGCCAGGAGCGGGGCCAAACCGGCACCGCCUGCCAGGAUGAUGGAGCCGGUGGGCUUGAGACCCCACGCCCCUUGAACUUCUCUAUCCCUGCCUCCCUCCCCCGCCCUGUUCCCCACAACCUAGGGCUGCUGCCCGCCUUGAGGCUGGAGACUGUGGGCCAGGUCAUGGGCCAGUGGCGCGGUGAGAGCCCGGACCAAGACUGCCACAUCAGUCCCAAGAGUCCUAAUGCUCCGGCAGGUAGUCUGUCUCCCAGCCCCAAGGGCGGCUGGGGAAAAAGCUUGGGAAAUGGAGGCUUGAGCCCUUAAGAGACCCUGGGGGUGCUGCCAUCCUUCCUGUCAAGAGAGCUUGCUGUCUGCCUGCAUCUCUGGAGCCUCCGCCUCCUCACCUCCGGGCACUUCCCUGGCUCUGCCCGGCCCCAGGCUCUCCCCAAAGGGCCUACAGCUGGCCUGCCUGUGUCACCUGUUGGCUGGAUUCUAAAUACGAUUGACUGAUUGCAGCCAGAGAGUGUCAGCCUGGCCCUUGGCAAGGGCUCUGCGGCCACCCCAGCCCCUGUGAUAAUCAGUCCCUUCUAGGAGACUGCAGUGGGGCUUGGGCAGAGGGGGAGCCUGCCAUCUUGGUUGUUAUUUAUCAAGAAUUAAACCCCUGAAUCUCA